GAGCGAGCAGAGACACAAACCGAUGAACGGCCGGGCGGUGUGUGUGUGUGUGUGUGUUUGAGAGUUGAAGCUUGCCGCCCUGAUGCUGCUCCAGCUACGGAUUGUGUAUUGACGGAUCUAGUAUUAAAGAAGGAGAUAGAGCCCUAAACGAGUUUUUCAGGCUGUGGAUGCUUUUAUCUCACACCACUGAAGAAAUGCAGUCCCAGGGCAGCACUUCCUCCCAGCCUUCCUUUGAUUCCCUGAGCUCCAGCGACAGCCUCGUGUUCAGCGACUCGGAGCAGGCGGAGGACGACGCGGACGUCUUCCUGACCGACGGCUCUUCCUCCGUCAUCAUCGGCGGGGUGGGCGGGGCGGCGGCCGGUGAAGACAGAGGAACAGACAGUCCCGGGUCCCAGUGGACGUGUGACAGCUUCCCCUAUAAAGAGGAAGACGAGGAGUCUUACAGGUUGGGGAACAGUGGUGGCGGCAAGUCAGCUCGCAUCAGCCUGGAGGAGACGGGUCAUUCAAGCCAGAUCCCCAAAUCAGAGGGUGACCUGCUGUUUGCUCAAAAGUGUGCUGAGCUGCAGGGUUUUGUCAGGCCCCUGCUGGAGCUGCUGAAUGGACUGAAGAGGGGCCGUUUCGACCGGGGUUUGAGUAGUUUCCAGCAGAGCGUUGCCAUGGAUCGAAUCCAAAGGAUCGUGGGGGUUUUGCAGAGACCAAACAGCGGAGAGAAGUACCUCAACACCCUGCUCCAGGUGGAGAUGAUGUUGAAGCUCUGGUUUCCUCAGAUCACCGCUCAACCUGUUUCUACAGCCUCCAGUGUCACCACAUCGCCCGCUCGCUCACUCCAAGACACCUCCACCCCGAUGCACAAGCACAGGGAUCAGUCACAUAUUCCUGUUAAGAAGCGCAGACUCAGCUGGACAGGCACAGACUCCCCCACGCCUUCCCCCGUGCUUCUCAAGUGCCCCCGCAUCAGUGCAGAAGAUAAGAGGGUGAAGCAUGGUCUUGAUGAAAGAGACGGCUCUCCUCCUCCUUCAUCAGUUGCCUCUGAUGCAAACAAAAAUGUAAAAGAUGUGGCCGGCGACAGCCUGCUAAACGAAGACUCAAAGGGAAAGGACAGUGACAGCGAGGAUCCAAGCAAGCUAGCAAAAUAUAAAACAGGUCAGAGCUCAGAGCCCAGCCUGACAUGGGUUCAUGUCGCACCCAUCCUGUCCCCACGGAAGGCCUGCCCAUCACAUGAGGGCACAUCGGUGGCAGGUAACAAUGAAAACCAGCCCAUCACUGCCAUCUCUCCACACAUCAGGAGGGGCAGUCCUGCUAUGCAGGACAGCUGCGUCUCUUCGACAACAACCUACAAGCACCCCAAAAAUCUGAAGAAGCUAGCUCUGUGCCAAAGCCAGCCUGUUGCUGGACAACAGAGUGAGAGCGAGACCAUUGAGACCUGUCAAGGUCAAAAUGUCACACUCAAGCCUUUGCCCAGUGUGUGCCCCGCCUCCUUAGAGACCUAAUGCAAUGAAGGAGCAAAGCAGGCAGCAAUGCUUUGUUACACCACCAGGCUACACGCUGCUGUGAGAGCAUGUGUUAAAGAGAGGAAAGGAGGAAAGGUUUUAGGAUGAAAGAUGUUCAAAUUAAUGAUGGAACAUACACAAUCCUUAAUUAAUAACACAACAGUUAUUGACAAAUACAGGAUAUAAUAUGUGGAAAAAGCAAAUGUCACAAUUACAUAACAAUCUACGCAUUUGCACAAAAGCAGUUGUGUUUGAGGUGACUUGGGAAGAUCACUUGAAGCAGAAAGCUAUUUACAGCUUCCUGAGUAAUGAUCAAUAGGAGGGAAAUUAUGAAGAAGUCUGAGGAGCAAAUAAUAGUCUCUCCAUAGCUUGGAAGCAAUCAAUAGAUUCAGAGAUGACUAUUGGCAGGCCUCUAACUCGAGGGACACACACUUGAUCAGGAAUCAGAAAAGCUUAUGACAAUAUUCAGAUUGAUGUUUCUGAGUUUAUUUGUGAAGAGGUUGCUCUAAGUAGGAUUCAAACGCAGUGUGAGCUGAUAUGAUUUUUGACAGGAGAUAAACAAGACCUUACAUUAACUUGUAGAUAAUGUUGAUGUUUCUGGCUUGAAGAGGACGUUUGAGUCUAAGGUCACUAAAAUCUGGUAGCUAGUGACGUGAGAAACAGUGUACAGAACAGAGCCUUUUACUGUACGUGUGGUAUGAUGGAGUCAUUGGAAACUGUGGGAAGAAAUGAUGUCAUCAACUCACUAAUGUCAUUCAAGAACAGUUGGGGCAACGAGAGGAGUGGCAUCCGAUGUCUCGUAACUUUCUGCUCAGUGCCCUGCAAAACGGACGUGCUAUCAGAGUUGUGAAAAUCCAAGAAGAAAAAAACAAGGACCAUUUGAAGUCAUGCGACUCCAACAGUUAAUUUAUUCAUCUGUAGAUUGGACACUGCAUUUAUUUAUUGUUUGUAUUUAUUUAUUGGGCAGCUGAAUAUUGCCUUCUGUGCACUUGCAUAGCUUGGUCUACGACUUGUUUGAGGAGACUGGGAAGAUGCUGUUGACAGUUUGAGGUUUUUAUUGCCAUCAUGAGGAAAAAACAAAAACAAGAAAGGAAGUGAAAACUUAUGAUUGGAAUAUUGGGACUACUGUGCCUUUUAACCAAAUAAUAGGAUGUGUUCACAAAAGCAUUUGGUGCUUUCAGUACAUUCAUGCUGCGUUUUGAUUGUUUUUGCUUUGAUUUCACAAAACCAGUACACACACACAUUCAAUCAUGAAAGCCUACAUGUAGUCAUUUUCAUCCUGCUUCUUCACGCAAACCAACAGUAUCAUUCAUUUUCUAUCUACUGCUCUACAAUUCAGACAUCUACAGUUAAUCCAAACGGCCUACAUCUACAGCAGUGGCUACUUUUUUUGUCAGGUAGUAUUAAAGUGUAGCCUUCCUUUGGCUCAACAGAGGAACAGACUGAUCUGCACUUAUAGCUGGUGCUCUUGAAAAACUUGAAAAAACAGAAAUAUAAAUGUAAGGGAGGAAAAUCUUUAUUGCACCACCCUCUACUGCUGCUAAUGUUAUUCUAAUUCCAGUUCUGUUAUGAUGUUUGAUAGGAGGCUCUUGAUAAUUACAAUCUAAUAAAUGUAGUAGGGGGGGUUCAGCAAUGUGAUUGGAUUUAUCUAUAUUGCAAAAAGUAUUGUAAAUAUUUAGACAAAGAUAUUUUUAAAUUGGUAUGAGUGCUUCAUACUCUAUUUACAUGGGUAGAGAGGAGGGAAAUCCUCGUACCAGACUCCUUUAAAAAAACAAAGCACCACAUUUGAACACAGCCGCAGGCAGCCUCCAUGUUACUGCCUAUAUUUGCCGAGUAAGGAGCAUACAAACCCUCAGUCACAGGUCCCAGAGUCGGACCAUCUCAACCCGUCCCGUCUUUAAAUGUGACGGCACGAGGGGCCAGACGCUGACUCUGGACCAGAGGCUGGGGUUGUCCUCCAUCUCCUCCUCCUGUUUUUAAUGGUUGUGGUAUGACAGAGAAACCAAUUGCACUUAUUUUUCAUUGUUAAUGUCCUUUUUUCAUGUAUGUUUUCUACUGCUGUGACCACUGCUGAUUGGUCAGGAAUAAUAUGUCUUGUUUUUUUUAGCUGCCUUUUUCUUCUUAAAGUGUACAAGCUGACUGUAGUCCCCCCCCCCCCCCCACUCUGCAGCAUUCGUCUGCCCUUGCCCUCUCUCCUUCAUCUCUCUCAAUCCUGUUAGUAUCUUUUCUUUCUGAACUAAACUCUGUCUCUCUCUUCUUCACCCAUCUUUACAUGAUAUAACUCUUCUGGCUACUUUUUCAAUAAUGGUGAAAAGAAACGAAAAAAAUCUUUUAAUAAAUGACACUUUUUUUGAAAGCUAAA